CAAACAUAGUAACGGAGUCAUCUCCACACGAACGACGAAACGGACGUGCUGCAGGUGUGUAAGUGCUCUGGGUGCUCUGUUAUUGUUUUGACGUCUUACUGAUUGAAGCACCAGGAGAUGGCUUCCUCCUCAUCCGCGGUCGCGAAGACCUCGAAAUACACGUACCGGUCGACCGGCGGUGGUACCGCCGAUGUCAGCAUCGAGUACUCUGCUGAUUUAAGUGCGCUCACUCGGCUCGAGGAUAAAAUUCGUCUUCUUCAAGAAGAUUUGGAGUCUGAGCGAGAACUCCGUCAACGAAUUGAACGUGAAAAAGCUGAUUUAAGUGUACAAGUAAUCCAACUUUCUGAACGUUUAGAAGAAGCUGAAGGUGGUGCUGAAAGCCAGUUCGAAAUUAACAAGAAACGCGACACUGAAUUAUUGAAAUUGAGAAAACUUCUCGAAGAUGUUCAUUUGGAAUCUGAAGAAACAGCUCAUUUAUUGAAAAAGAAACAUCAAGAAAUUAUUGUUGAUUUCCAAGAUCAAAUUGAUCAACUUUCAAAAGCUAGAGCCAGAACCGAAAAGGAAAAGGCUAAAUUCCAACAAGAAGUCUAUGAAUUGUUAGCUCAAAUUGAAUCUAUUUCAAAAGAACGUACAGCAUCAUUCAAGCAUGUUGAAAAACUUGAAAUCCACAUCAGUGAACUCAAUGUUCGCAUUGAAGAACUUAACCGCACUGUUGUUGAUAUUACAUCACACAAAACACGUCUUUCACAAGAAAACAUCGAACUUGUCAAGGAAGUUCAAGACUUGAAAGUAAACAUUGAAAACGCUACUUACUUGAAAUCUCAAUUAGCUACACAAUUGGAAGACUGUCGCCGUCGUAUGGAAGAUGACGAACGCAGACGUUCAGUCCUCGAGGCCAACUUACACCAAGUUGAAAUCGAAUUAGAAUCUGUACGUGUACAACUUGAAGAAGAAAGUGAAGCUCGUUUAGACCUUGAAAGACAACUUGUCAAGUCUAACGGUGAAGUACAAGUAUACAAGAGCAAAUACGAAUCUGAAGCUGCUGCCCGCAUUGAGGAGGUUGAAGAAAUCCGUAAGAAAUAUACCAUCCGCAUUAGUGAACAAGAAGAACACAUUGAAACCUUAUUGGUUAAGAUCAACAAUCUUGAAAAACAAAAAUCACGUCUCCAAAGUGAAGUUGAAGUAUUGAUCAUUGAUUUAGAAAAGGCAAACAACACCGCUCGGGAAUUACAAAAACGUAGUGAACAACUUGAACGUGUCAAUGUUGAACUUAAGAGCCGUCUCGACGAAACUGUUCAACUCUAUGACCAAAGCCAACGUGACUUGCGUAACAAACAAUCUGAAGUACAACGUAUCACCCAUGAAUUGGACAAAACCCGUGAACAAAAAGAUUCAUUGGCCCGUGAAAACAAGAAAUUGGGUGAUGAUUUGGGUGAUGCUCGCAAUCAAAUUUCUGACUUGACCCGUCGUCUUCAUGAAUUAGAACUUGAACUUCGCCGUUUGGAGAACGAACGUGAAGAACUUACUGCUGCUUACAAGGAAGCUGAAGCUGGUCGCAAAGCUGAAGAAGCACGUUCUCAACGUCUAUCUGCUGAAUUCAACCAAUUCCGUCAUGAUGCUGAACAUCGCUUACGAGAGAAAGAUGAAGAGAUUGAUGCUAUUCGUAAACAAACUAGCAUUGAAAUUGAACAAUUGAAUGCCCGUGUUGUUGAAGCUGAAACCAAAUUGAAAACUGAAGUAACCAGAAUUAAGAAGAAGUUACAAAUUCAAAUCACUGAAUUAGAAUUGUCUCUUGAUGUCGCUAACAAGACCAACAUCGAUUUACAAAAGGUUGUAAAGAAACAAUCACUUCAAUUGACUGAAAUCCAAGCCCAUUACGAUGAAGUCCAAAGACAAUUACAAGUUACUUUAGAUCAACUUAGUGUCUCACAACGUCGCAUCCAAUCUCUUACUGCUGAAUGUGAAGAAAUCCGUGGCAAUUACGAAUCUGCCCUCCGCGCUAAGAGACAAGCCGAACAACAAUUCGAAGAAGCCGCAAGCCGCAUCAAUGAAUUGAACACAAUCAAUGUUAACCUUGCCACAAGCAAGAGCAAGAUUGAACAAGAACUCACCACACUUGCUAGUGAUUACGAUGAAGUUUCCAAAGAAUUAAGAAUCAGUGAUGAGAGAUACCAACGCGUCCAAACUGAAUUGAAACACACAGUAGAAAUUCUUCAUGAAGAACAAGAACGAAUUGUCAAGGUUGAAGCUAUCAAGAAAUCAUUGGAAAUUGAGGUUAAGAACUUGAGCGUUCGUUUGGAAGAAGUUGAAACUAAUGCAAUUGUUGGUGGUAAACGUAUUAUUAGCAAAUUAGAAGCUCGUAUGAAGGAUCUUGAACUUGAAUUGGAAGAAGAAAAGAGACGACACGCUGAAACCAUUAAGAUCUUACGCAAGAAGGAACGUUCCGUUAAAGAAGUUAUGAUUCAAUGUGAAGAAGACCAAAAAACAAUUUCUUUGUUACAAGAAUCAUUGGACAAAUCCAACCAAAAGAUUGCCAUUUACAAACGUCAAUUACAAGAAACGGAAGCAACAUCUUCACAAAGUGUUACCCGUGUCCGUCGUUUCCAAAGAGAACUCGAAGCUGCUGAAGAUCGUGCUGAUACUGCUGAAAGUAAUUUAUCACUUAUCCGCGCUAAACACCGAACCUUCGUUACCACUAGCACUGUUCCUGGAUCCCAAGUAUACCUUGUACAGGAAACAACCCGUCAAAGCUCCACCAACAUUAUGGAAUAGAUUUCAUAAAAGAACGUUAUUUUAGAAAACAAAAUAUCAUUUUAAAAUGCGUUUAUGUUAACUAACGCACGCACGCACACAUAUCCAGUUUACUUA